UCUUCCAUUUGUCACAUCACACUCCUUCUGUCACCUGUUGUGUGAAGUGUUAUGUGUGGUUGGUGACUGUAUUGCGCUUGGGGAGACCAAAAGUGAAUAUUCGCCUCCCGUUACUCGCGCCAUUCUAUAGUUAUACUAGUAACUAUAUUACAUACAACAGCAACCAAUGAGGUAUCUACAUUUCUAUACUAAGUUGGUUAACACUAGCUAUCUUAUUUGAAUGAAGUGUUAACUUCUAAUAGUCUCAUGCAGUUUCAUUUCUAGGGCACUGUUUCAUCUUGCUAUUUUUGUCUUCCAAUGUGCUCAUAGCUGCAAACAUCACAGAGACAAUCAUGGGCACCCUGUCUCGUGAAGACUUGCGGGAUCUUUUCCCAGGCCCAGAGAACUUUUUACGCAGAAAAGCGGUCUGGCGUGUCUGUCAUGGUGCGUCGGAGGAGGAGUCUGGCCAAGAACACUCACAAUUAUCGGGCAGUUCCUCCUUUAAUGCGUCACCCAUGCGACAGACUUCCACUCCAGUGAACGCAAGUCCUGCAAGGUACACAACCCCUGAAAAGGUUGUGAAGUUAUCCUUUCCAGAAUAUGUAUUGCACACCGACACAGAACUUGAGCAAGUCCGACAACAAUACUUUGAGCUGUCGAAGAAAGGCCAGAUGUCAAAGGAGCUCAGAUGUCGCCUCAUUCGAAACACCAUGAGCAGUAUGAUUGCAAUCCUGAGAGCAAAGGGGGAUGGAGAAUCGCACAGAUACCCAUCAAAGCCAGAAAUUACAGCUAUGGCAAAGAGAAUAGUACUGUACUACCCCAUGCUGCAGGACCAAGGCCUCCAUACAUGGGUCACUGUGUAUGCACAGCUAUACAAAAGAUUGCAAAAUGUGAGAUCUCCCCAAAAAAGAACUCCAGAUGGGAGACAUUCAAAGAGCUCUACGAAGAGGCGCUGUCUUGAGCAGCCAACAGACACAGAUGAAAUCGAUUUAAGUGACUCAACAAUCAUUCUAGAUCGAUCCACAGAAGGAAGUGUCAGCCCAGGCUCAGACAGUAAAGAAAGUGAGUUAGAAGGACAAAGAAGAUCCCAGAGCCUACCUAAAGAAACAGCCUCUGCCCUGUCUAGUCUUGAUGCUAACAUGUCUGCAGAUGUUGACAGUCCAGACACCUACAGUCCAGCAACCAUGGCAAAGCACUACGAGACACUACAAACUUUGUAUAAAAGAAAAAAUCCAAACCACCAGGAUGUCUCUCAUCUCUUGGAUUUAGAAUUUGUGGCCAGAAGAGCAUUCAUUGAUUCAAAUACCAUUCGCGAGGAGGACAGACACAAGAAGGUUCUUGAAGCAUAUCCUUGUUUCAAGGAUGUUGGACAUGCGAUGGAGGAGCUUCAACGCAUUUUGGAUAAGGAUAAUACCAACUUCAUCGAUGAACUAAAGGAAAGAUGGCAAGACUUCUGCCAGAAGGUGCAGUUUUUUGGUCUUUGGAAGAAGGUGCUGAAACCCCCACUAGGAAUGGACAAAGCUGAACAGGCUCUUGAGAUCUUACGUGUGCUGCCAUCACUGUUCCCCUCCACGUCUGCUCCUCCAAAGAGGCUACGAGAUGCAAGUGAGGCUCUGGUCCAUGUCCUUGAGAAAGAGGAUUUUCACUGGGUAGAUGUCUUGGCGAUGUCACAGUAUCUACAAAAAUGGGUGUAUUACAUGGUAGCAGGUUUUAUCACCCUAAUGAUAACCAAGCAAAACUAGCCUAGCCUUUGUUUUUAGUUCUUUUAGAAGGCUAGAUGUAUAUAAACAGUAAAUGAAUUGGGGAUAGUUCAAAGCAGCACUUUCAGAUGGAGCUUUCUCAGUACUGUAACUUCAGAAUUAACUAAAUCUAAAUCU